AUGGCCGACGCAAAGACGGACGGGGGCGAGGCUCCGUCCUCGACGACUGGAGGCCUGUCCAAUGCCCCUUCACCGCGCAACGAAGAGGACGCGCCAAACAAUCUGCAGCCUCCACCCGGCGCUGCAUCAGAAGCAGCGCUUUCAAAAUCCACUAGCAGGCCUUCCUCUACCCGGAACUCGACACCCGCUGCUUCUCUCGACGUGCGCCAACCCGCACCAGACGCCGACGACGCGUCUUCAGCCAUGGACGACGUGCAGCCUUCCCUGGAAGCGGCCAAUGGUGCCUCUGGCAAAACGAAACCAUUGUCCAAGGAGCCCGAGCAAAAUGGUGAGGCAGCAGCAUCAUCAUAUGGCACGCGCUCGCGAGGCCGCCCAGGCCGGUCGCGACCUAAUUAUGCAGAGGACGCCGAAAUGGACUUUGAAGUGCCAGCUGCAUCUGCGAAUGGCAACGUGUCUGAUCCACCGUCGCGUAGUUCCGUGGCUCCCGACAGCGGGCAUGCUUCGAGUGUGAGUGGAAAGAAAGGUUCCGGCCCUGCACAAGGCAAUGGGUCGUGGGGUAAUUCCGGCUCCAACACCAAGGACAGCGCGGCGAAUCCCACUGCUCCCAGCACCUCAGCCACGGCUGCAUCGACUCAGUCUAGCACUUUGCAGCCUCAGCCCCCAACAAAACGGCGCAAAAACGCUGCUGCCAGUGCCGCAAAUGGUAGUCACGCAAGUGCCACAGCGCCAAGCCAAGCAGGGGCGAAGCGCGGCAGUCAGGCCGGCACCAUGGUAGCCGCCAGCAGCGCGCGAGAGUCCAAUAUGAUGACUUUUGAGAACACGGCCGCCAUUCUCAAAAACGGUCGCCUCGAGGCCGACGAUGGCCAGACCGUGUCUGUCAAUGAUCAAGUGUACCUUGUGUGCGAGCCGCCCGGCGAGCCCUACUACCUCUGCCGGGUCAUGGAAUUCAUCCACGUCGACAACGACCCCAAGAAGCGGGUCGAGUCUUUGCGCGUCAAUUGGUUCUAUCGCCCACGAGACGUGCAGCGCUACAACAAUGACACUCGUCUCGUCUAUGCGACGAUGCACUCGGACCUUUGCCCCAUUGCAUCCCUUCGGGGGAAAUGCCAGAUCCUGCAUCGCAGCGAGAUUGGCGACCUGGAUGAGUACCGCAAGACCAAGGACAGUUUCUGGUUCAACCAAGUCUUUGAUCGCUUCAUUCAUCGCUGGUACGACGUCAUCCCCGUCUCCUCGGUCAUCAACGUCCCGGACAAGGUCAAGAAGGCGCUCGACGAACGAUGGAAGUACAUUUGUCUCGAGACCAGUCGCGUCAAAGAAUUGACCAGUGCCGUCAAGAGCUGCAAGCGCUGUAUUGGAUAUUGCGCAGCGAAUGACUCGGUUGAAUGUGCAGUAUGUCACAAUACAUAUCACAUGAACUGUGUUCGCCCACCGUUGCUGAAGAAGCCAUCUCGUGGUUUUGCUUGGGCUUGCGGUCCAUGCAGCAGGGCUCAAGAGAAGAAAUUGGAGGCACGUUUGGGCACCACCAAUGAAGAUGCUGAAGAAGAAGAGGUGAUUGACGAGGAAGAGGAGGAGGCCGGCGUCGACACCAAUGCACCAACCCCGGAUCCUGAUUCGCAAAUCGACACUCACCCUGCCACGCAGGCAGAGAUCGCUCUAGCCAAGAUGUGGCCUAUGCGGUACCUUGGCAUCCACUGCCGGGUAGAGGACGCACUGCAGUACGAUGAUCGAGCAAUCUAUCCCCGUGCGAGUUCACGGCUAGGUCCCCGGCACCAAGCCAACGUCAAUGUCUGGCACGGGCAUCCUGUCGAAUUCGUCAAGCCUGCAGAGAUUAAGAAGCGAUACGUCAAGGCAGCCGGCAACAAGAAAGAAGGCAAGCUAUCCAAAGAAACUGUCGCUGCAAUCGAAGCCGACAAGGCGGAGAAGGCUAAGCGGCCCAAAUGGGUCAUGGAUGAACCUCCCGGCUAUGUCCGCCGCGGUGAGGACCUGCCGAACAAGGAUCCCAAGUGUACUGCGGAGCUGAUUUUCAAGAUGCCUCCUUUGGGAGUACAUUCGACACGAGGAGAAGACAAUGCCCCGACAGUCACCGAAGAUCAAGUCAAGGCUUACAUGGACCGAGCGAAAGCAUUGGCCAAGUCGCAUGUUGGAGUAGAGCCCUACAACACCAAUUUCUUGGAUAAAUGCUUGGCUCUCUUCACGAAGCAUCAAUACGACGCCGAUGUUGCUUUGAAGCAUGUCAAGAAGAUUGACAAGCGGAAAGAUUUGAGGGAGCCCGAGCUAACCAAGGAAGAAGAAAAGAAGUGGAACGAAGGUGUCGCAAAGUACGGUUCAGAGAUCAGGCUCGUCCGCCAGCACACCAGCAAGACCAUGUUCUACGGAGACGCCGUACGUUACUACUAUAUGUGGAAGAAGACACCCAAAGGAAGAGAGAUUUGGGGCUCAUACAGUAGUCGGAAAGGUCGGACUAAGAAGGUUGAGCCUGACGCGCAAGCUCGCCUCGUUGAUGAUGUUGCAGACGACCAAGACGAUUCAGCAUUUGACAGUGCCAAGGCCAUCCAACGCAAACGGGUUUUCCAAUGCAAGUUCUGCGCAGUCCGACAUUCUCGACAAUGGAGACGGGCUCCAGGCGUGACUCCUGGCCAGAUGGUACCGCCUGACGGUCGUUCCAAGGACAAGACUGGGUUCCUGAUUGCGCUUUGUCUACGUUGUGCAAACUUGUGGCGCAAGUACGCAGUGACAUGGGAAAACGUUGAUGAGAUUGCCAAGAAGGUUGCGCAAGGCGGAGGAAAGGCUUGGAAGAGACGUAUCGACGAGGAGCUCCUGCGCGAGGUCUACGCUGCACAGUCAGACCCCAGCUCGAAGAAUGCUACUCCCGAGUAUAUCGAGCUCCCAGCCGCCACAGCCCAGCCAAUUGCAGAGCCACCGAAGAAGAAACAGAAAAUUGUGGCCGCUGUGAAUGGAGACAGUGGAGCAUCGACCCCUGUCAGCGAGCCUGUUCCAAAGAAAGAGAAGAAGGAGAAGCCCGCCCCAGUCAUCAAAGCGCCUACUCCUCCUCCAGUCCCGUCGCCCCCAAAGUAUCGAGCUUUACCCUGCGCUGUAUGUCGAUCAGCAGAAGGCACACGUUUGGAAUGUGCAGCUUGCAAGAUGACGGUCCACAAAGCCUGUUAUGGUGUUGAAGAAAUACGACAAGCCAACAAGUGGUACUGUGAUCCAUGCAAAAACGAUAAGAAGGAAAGCGUCUCAUAUACCUACGAAUGCGUUCUAUGUCCUCAGAAAGAUACGGAGCAGGAGUUCUAUGAGCAGCCAAAGGUUACGCACAAGAAAAAGACUGACCGCGAUCGGGAGAAGGAGCGGCUGGAAAAGGAGCUUGUCGACAAGGCCAAAGAGGAAUAUCGCCUUCGGCAGCAGGAGAAAGGCCGGCCACUUGUUCCUCGUGAGCCCCUGAAGCGAACCGCCGACAACAACUGGGUACACGUGUACUGUGCCCUCUGGCACGCUGAGAUCAAAUUCAGCAACGCGGCCCGCCUGGAUAUGGUCGAGGGCAUCGGAGCGCCAACGCUUCGAUACGACGCAGUCUGCAAGCUGUGCAAAACGACCAAGGGUGCAUGCACAUCGUGUCUGCAAUGUCACGCGACAUUCCACGUUGGCUGUGCUCACAACCAUGGCUACAUACUCGGUUUCGACAUGACCCCUGUCAAGGUCUCUCGCAGAGACGCAGUACCCACAGUGACUAUGAACGGGGAAACGGGAACUCUGAUUGCGGCAAUCUGGUGCAAAGAGCAUACUCCCAAGACGAUUGUUCAUCCCAUGAACGAAGAAGUGGAAGGAACAGACCUGAUUGCGCUCCAGCUCUUUGCUCGCGAAUUCAAGCAGGCCGAUCUCACCCUAACGGGUACAGCACGCAAGGCCAAUCUCGUCGAUCAGUCGACGCGCAUCGCCCCACAGGCUGUGCAGGCACCAACUAACCGUAGGGCAUCCGCGGUCACGGCCCCUACUCCCACUUCUGCACGAGGACGUCAAUCGAAUGCAGGCAUAUCUGUCAAGGAAGAACCAAGUGAGCCAUCAGUGUACAAGUCGGAGCGAAAGUGCGUACGCUGCAAGAUUGAAGCUAGUCCGCGAUGGUGGAAGGUGGAUGGGGAAGUGACAGCAGGACAAGUUUCUCGGAUUGUGGAUGGCCCGCUGGACAUGAAGAAUGGCGUGGAUCUGAUCGGCCAUAUGGAACGGAAGCCCCUUGUCGAGGAGGGCAAAAUCGUCAAUGGUAACGGUAGUGAAGACCAUGCCAUGUCGGACGCCCCAGCUGUUGCUUCGCCUGCAAGCAAGAGCCUGCGCUUGGACACCAGAGGGGCAGUUGCUUCGUCUGGUGCCUAUCUAUGUCAAAAGUGCCAUUGGAAGAGGAAGAAUGGGACGGAUGAAGAGGAAGAGGAGCGAGCGAGGUCCGUCUCGAUAUUCAAGGAGCCGCCACAGCAGUACCCCCUACCUGCAGCGCAGAUUCCACAAUAUGCGCCGCCACCGCCUGCGUUGGCUGGUACAUGGACACUGCCCGGUGGCCCACCAAACCAACCGCCUCCACUGCCGUCAUGGCACAGUGGUGUACCGCCUGGACCUGGCCAUCACCUACCCAAUGGCACUGGAUACGUACCCCCGCCGCUACCAGCUCCAACCGUAGGGCACAACGCUCCUUACCACGCCCCGUAUCCGCCUCAGCCGAAUGGAUACGCGGCAUUUUCGGGCGCGCCGAUGCACUCGGCGAUUGUAGCAGCAGGGCUUCGACCGCCGUAUUCGGGACCGCCUAUUAGCGGACCACCGCAGCUGCACCACAGCAACGGCUCUAUGUUGGUGAAUGGCGCGAUGCCGUCGCCUAGGACAAUACCGUACUCGCCCACGCAUCAUCACGCACACCCUGCGUCACGGGAAAGCGGAUUUAUUGCACCUCCGCCUCCUGCGGUAGCGCAAUACCCGGGGAUCCAUGGUAGUACUGCAACUGGCAGGCCGGCUACCCCUAUGGACGCGGUGAUGCGGGAUGCUCCGGUGGUGACAUCGGCACCAACUGAACGGGCAAGCACGGGGGCAAGUGCCAGUCCAUCACUUCGCAACUUGCUGCAUUAG